AUGGGACGACCGAAACGCACCGCCCUCCAGGCCGCCGAGGACACCCUGACGCCUCCCGACACCCUCGACAAGAACCAGGCCAUCGUGCGCGUCAUCAAGGCCGAGGGCAACAACCUGUACCUGUGCGAGCUGCCCAACAAGAAGGACCUCGUGCUCGAACUGGCCCAGCGCUUCCGCAACACCAUCUGGAUCAAGCGCGGCGGAUACGUCUUGGCCGAGACAUACGACGAGCCCGACGGCCGCCUUAUGGGCGAGAUCGUCAACGUCGUCCGCGACGAGAAGGCCUGGCGCAAGCGGCCCUACUGGCCCAGCGAGUUUGCAAAGACCAACACGUACGACGAUAGCGAGGAGUCCGACUCCAACGUUGGCAAGAUGCCGCCUUCCGAUUCCGAGGACGACUACUGA